UCUUCGAUACACGAAAUACACAUAUAUAUCUCCGGCUGUGUACUUUUCCAAUAUCGUGAAAAACCUAAUAUUUCAUUAAUUAUACUCCCAUCGACUCCCGUCUCUUAACCCAACCGAUUAAUUUCAGUUUGCAGGGCUUCCGAGUUGAGUUGACUCAGCAGCAAUGACUAGUACCGAGUCUGUGUCGGAAGACUCGUUCUUGCAUAACUACAACGCUAACGACCGGCGAAUCGCAUCGGAGUUCUUAUCAGGUUGGUUACCCUUUUUAACUAAAGGUCUCUGCGACUCGUGUAAUCGGAAGCUGACUCAUAGAGUGCGAUCUCUCUGCCCUGGUGAUGAUAGUGAUAAGAAAUCUGUUGGGAGUUUGAAGGAUGGUGUUAUUGAUGCUGCCGAAACGAAUUCGCUAGGGAGUUGGAAAGAUGGUGAAAAUGGGUGUGCUGAACCUGCCGUGGAGUCGGAUUUAGGGGCAAAUGUGUGCGCAGCAAGUGAUAUGAUUGCCUCUUCUGUGCCUGCUGGAAGUGGAGAACGUCGUACAUCUUGGGCUGAUAUGGCACAAGAAGAUGAGCUUGAGGGAGAUGAAGAGAGCGAGGUGACAUCCACAUCCAGGUUGUCUGUUGCCAAUUCUGCAUCUGGAGACGGGACAGCGGAGGAGAAGUCUGUUUCAAAGCCAGGUUUAUCAAGGGAUCAGAGAGAGUAUAUCAGGUUCACCAAUGUAAAAAGGAAAAAGGAUUUUGCUUGCAUUGAAAGAGUCAACCAGAAACUUGUUAACAUUCUUGAUGGCCUGGAGUUGCACACUGGUGUUUUCAGUGCAGCAGAACAGAAGAGAAUUGUUGAUUAUGUUUAUGAGCUUGAGGAGAUGGGGAAGAAUGGAAAACUGAAAGCGCGCACUUACACUGCACCACAGAAGUGGAUGAGGGGCAAGGGACGGGUGACUAUUCAGUUUGGUUGUUGUUAUAAUUAUGCUGUGGAUAAGAAGGGUAACCCCCCAGGAAUCCUCCAGAAUGAACUUGUAGACCCAAUCCCUCAUCUUUUCAAAGUUAUCAUUCGACGGUUGAUCAGAUGGCAUGUUCUUCCUACAACAUGUGUACCAGAUAGCUGCAUUGUCAAUAUUUAUGAUAAAGACGACUGCAUACCUCCUCAUAUAGACAAUCAUGAUUUCCUCAGGCCCUUCUGUACCGUGUCGUUUCUUAGUGAGUGCGAUAUAGUUUUUGGAUCAAAUCUUAAAAUUAUCGGUCCUGGUGAUUUUGCUGGGUCUACUGCAAUCUCCUUACCAGUGGGAUCUGUUCUUGUAUUAAAUGGGAACGGGGCUGAUGUGGCGAAGCACUGUGUUCCAGCUGUUCCUACCAAGAGGAUAUCAAUAACAUUCAGGAAGAUGGAUGAGACCAAAUGGCCUGUAGGAUAUACCCCUGAACCUGAUUUGCAGGGGCUCCAACCACUGUCAUAUGAAGCCGACAGAUCCAAACAUUCAAAUAUCUCAAAAAUAAACCAUGCUGGAAACCUGAAGGCUGCAAGAAGCGUGGAUAACAGUGACAGAUUGAAGGAAAGAGGUUUCUUUGGUCCAGGACCUCGCCGAGGUCGUGUGAAUAGGCAACGACUCAGACUUGAUAUGAUGGAGGGUUGAUUGGAUUAUUAUAAUAUUUUACUUCAGAUGUGUGCGAACUGAUGAGAACAGAACUCCCAUCAGCAAGGCUAAAGACUGGGGAAUUGUUCGUUGGUUUGGUUUUACAUAUAAUUAUCAGAAGAUUGUUGUGAGUGGAAGGUCAUAUUUACCAGGAACUUCUUUAAAGAUCGAAUCUGUUAGUUAUCUCACACCAUCACAAAACAGAAUGUUUUCUUCUGAGUGUAUUAGUGAUGCAAAAUAUUGUAGAAAUGCUAGAUCUUGUAAACUUGGAUGUGAUAUUUGGAAUAUGGCUUUUAUAGUGAAAAAUGAGUAUAUUGUUCCUCUGAA